AUGCCGGACCAGGCCACCGAUCGGACGGACACCAAGAAUAUCAAGAAGGAGAAUCGGACUGGCACCAAGGAUAUCGAGCCGAAAACGGAUAUUCAUACUCAGAUGAUCCAACUCGAUCAAGGCCAGAUCAAACUCGAUCCUGAUGUAAAAUCCCCGAUCUAUCCUACUGAGGGCGUCGAACAGCGAGAUCCGCCGGCAGAAGGAGCCACAGCGACCACCCCACAGGACGCCGGGGACGAAGAGGAGAUAUACUACCAUGGCAGCGGCGAUCUCUCAGCGGAAGAUUUUGAAGGAAACCUGGCCGUCAUCCCCGAAAUCGCGUUCUCGACGACUGCGAAGGUGAGCAUUGAGGAUCUGCAGGUGGGAGACACCGGAACGGCUACACCUGAGGAGAUCGAGAGGCUCCGGCAAAUAAUCUGGAAGAAACGACAUCUUCUUAUCGGUAAAGGGAACGCCUUACCCCCGGCGGCCAAGGGCGUCGUAUGCGAUAUCGAUGUUGGAAAUGCGAAACCGAUCGCAUUGCGAACCCGGAAAGUGCCCACGCGAUUUCGCGAGAAGGUCGCAGGCCUGAUGAAGGGCCUCCUGGCCGCCGAGGUCAUCCGACCCUCGACAUCGCCAUGGGCCUCACCGAUCGUGAUUGUCCGCAAGAAUAACGGCGUGGAUAUCAGGUUGUGCAUUGACUACAAGUUGGUAAACAGCCUCACGAGAUUGAUUGUCUAUCCUAUCCCUCUGAUCAGCGAUCUGCUAGAAGAUCUUGAUAAAGCUCUAUGGUACUGCUCGUUAGACAUGGCCAGCGGUUUCUGGGUCGUGCCCAUGACGGAUCGGGCUCGCGAGAUCUCAGCAUUUAUCACUCCGUUUGGAUUGUUCGAAUGGAGUCGCAUGCCUUUUGGUCCGAAAAAUGCCUCGCAGAUUUUUCAACGUCUCGUAGACAACACGUUGUAUGGAUUCCUGAAGAUCUCGCGAUCAGGCGAUGUUGGAACUACAACGGGCGUGUUCCAGACUGGGAUCGCGGACGAUCCUGAUCGGGACUCAGUGUUGGGACGGAGAUCAUACAUUGUAUCAUGA